UUCGACUAACUUGUUGCUGUUGUACUUGUCAUUCAGACGUCCCAGGAAUUCAACGCGACUAGGAGGAACAAAACCACUUCGGCACAACGAGGACAUUUUUAACAAGUUAAACCCGCGUCCUUGUCGCCGGCAGAGGUUCCAGAAAACAUCGUUUCUUGUAUAAAUUAGCGGGAAAGUGUCGAGAAACGCGGCGGCUGCAUGCAGAUGUGAAGUCGAGACAGUGUCUGCCACCCUCUGCUGCUGCCCUGGACUGAGUGCCACCCUCUUCAUCCCCUUCACUGUCUUCAUACAUGCUCUUACAUGAAGAGAGGGGAGAAACCCGAAGGAUACAGGCAGAUGAGACCCAAAACGUUUCCCACCAGCAACUACAGCGGCAACAGCCAGCAAAUGCUGCAGGAAAUAAGGAACAGCCUUCGCAACUUGUCAAAACCUUCUGACCCUCCGAAAGUGGAAAUAAGCGGACCUGUAAAGAUGCCACCCGAGGACUCGAGGCAACAGGGGCGCUGCAACAACCCCAAAAACCCCCACCACAAGGCUUUACAGGAGAUCCGCAAAUCCCUGUUGCCUUUUAUAAAUGAGCCGCCUUCAGGCCCCGUCAAACACAUGAUGGAACCCUCUGCUGGAUUUGAGGAGAGUAACAGUCGCGGUAUGGGGGCAGUUAUAGACUACAUGGGUAAAGUAACCUACCAGGAAUCGAGGGAACAGAUGGCUGGGCCCAACACUACAGGUCUGAAAGGCCCAGGAGCUCCUCAUAUCCAGCAGGCUGUCCUGAGGAGGCCUAGCUGGAAAGGGUCUAAGGAGUCUUUGGCCCCUCGACAUGGUGCUCACAUGGUGGAUGGGAUGAUGUACCGCUCAGACAGCCCCGGACCACCUCCUGCAUUUCCACAGGGUCAUCCUGCUAACAACCAGAGGGUUAAUCCUCCUCCCCCGCCACAGGCGCGCAGUGUCACACCCCCACCAAACCGAGGAGCAAUGCCUCCUCCACCAUCUUGGGACAGCAACCCAUCAACCAAGCGUUACUCUGGCAACAUGGAUUACCACGUGCCCCGCAUAUCUCCUGUACCGCAGGGUGCGUGGCCUGAUAGGAUCAGCCCAGUACCUGUUGGCCACCAGCCCAUCAUAAUGCAAAGUUCUGGGGGGAAUAAGUUCACAUUUCCCUCCAGCUGGUCUCAGAACGGCGCCCCUCAGCAGGAGUAUUUAUCGGGGGGCAGCAGACAGCCUCCUCCACCUUACCCAGUCAACCAGAGCAGCCGGCACAGUCCCACUGACCAGCAGAUGCAGGCAGGAGGACCUUCUUCCUCCCCCUCCUAUGUCAAUGGGGGAAACAUCCCUCAGUCCAUGUUGGUUCCAAACCGAAACAGUCACAACCUUGACAUGUACAACAUAGGUCCACCUCAGUCCUGGUCCCAGGCUCCCAUGGCCCCCAGUCAUUCCCAGUCUUCCCCUGGCAACAGUAGCAACCAGGAUCUCUCCCCGUCAUGGCAGCACAACAUCCCAGUACGCUCAAAUUCCUUCAAUAACCACCAACUGAAUGGCAGACAGACCCACCCAGCCAGCUCCCAACCCUCAGCCACCACAGUCACCAUCACUCAGGCGCCCAUCCUACAGCCAGUUAAAAGCAUGCGAGUUCAGAAACCUGAGUUACACACCGCUGUCGCUCCCACACACCCCCCAUGGCUGCAGCAGGCUCAACAGCCUCCAGCUGCACCUGCCUACCAAGAACCUCCAGCCCCUGUGCCUCAGAUCCCUGUUGUAGCAGAGGUCCCCAGCUAUCAGGGCCCACCUCCUCCGUAUCCUAAGCAUCUCCUCCAGCAGCAGGCCACAUCAAGCCCCCCUGCCUACGAUCCAGGGGCCAACAAGCUCAACACAGGCAGAGAGGAGCCAGCUGAGGAAGAGAGCGGAGGCGGUGAAAGCUCCAGAGACAAGACGUCAGAAAGCCCUGAAAGCCUCUCAGCGACAGAGAAGGAGAAUAAGCAAAUUACGACAUCCCCUGUGCCUGUCCGCCGUAACAAGAAAGACGAAGAACGGAGAGGGGAAUCAGGAAGAAUCGCACUCUACUCCCCACAGGCCUUCAAGUUCUUUAUGGAGCAACAUGUGGAGAACAUCCUAAAGAACCAUCAGCAGAGGAUUCGCAGGAGAAAGCAGCUGGAAAGUGAGAUGCAAAGGGUGGGUUUGUCUUCAGAAGCUCAGGAGCAGAUGCGUAUGAUGCUCUGCCAGAAAGAGUCCAACUACAUCCGGCUAAAGCGGGCCAAGAUGGACAAAUCCAUGUUCAAACGAAUCAAGACCCUGGGCAUUGGAGCCUUCGGUGAGGUUUGCCUGGCCAGAAAAGAGGACACAGGAGCUCUGUAUGCCAUGAAAACACUGCGAAAGAAAGACGUGCUGCUCAGGAAUCAAGUGGCCCACGUGAAGGCAGAGAGGGACAUCCUGGCUGAGGCAGACAACGAGUGGGUGGUACGUCUCUACUACUCCUUCCAAAACAAGGACAACCUGUACUUUGUCAUGGAGUACAUACCUGGAGGGGACAUGAUGAGCCUUCUCAUCCGGCUCGGUAUCUUCAAAGAGGAGCUGGCUCAGUUCUACAUCGCAGAGCUCACCUGCGCCGUGGAGAGCGUCCACAAGAUGGGCUUCAUCCACAGAGACAUCAAGCCGGAUAACAUCCUCAUAGACCGAGACGGACACAUAAAGCUGACCGACUUCGGUCUGUGCACAGGAUUCCGCUGGACGCACGACUCCAAGUAUUACCAGAGUGGUGACCAUGUGAGGCAGGACAGCAUGGACUUCAGUAAGGAAUGGGAAGAUCCCACAAACUGCCGCUGUACAGACCGUCUAAAGCCGCUGGAGAGGAGGAAAGCCCGGCAGCACCAGCGCUGUUUAGCACAUUCACUGGUGGGAACGCCUAACUAUAUCGCACCAGAAGUGCUGCUCCGAACAGGAUACACCCAGCUCUGUGAUUGGUGGAGUGUCGGUGUGAUCUUGUAUGAAAUGGUUGUCGGACAGCCUCCCUUCUUAGCGACCACACCCCUGGAGACACAGCUGAAGGUGAUAAACUGGAAGAGCAUGCUGCACAUUCCCCCGCCGGCCAAGCUCACCCCCGAGGCGUCGGAUCUCAUAGUCAAGUUGUGCCGCGGCCCCGAAGACCGCCUCGGCAAGAACGGCGCCGAUGAAAUCAAAGCGCAUCCUUUCUUCAGGAGCAUCGACUUCUCCAGCGAUUUGAGGCAGCAGGUGGCGCCGUACAUCCCCACCAUCGCUCACUCCACAGACACCUCCAAUUUCGACCCUGUAGACCCGGACAAACUGUGGAGCAGCGACAGUGACAACGAGGACAGCCUCAACGACACCCUCAACGGCUGGUUCCGCAAUGGAAAACACCCCGAACACGCCUUCUACGAGUUCACCUUCCGCCGCUUCUUUGACGACAACGGGCACCCGUACAGCUGUCCCAAACCCAUCGAGGACGAGGACUUUAACGAGGACGAGGCGGACUCUGAGGGCGCGGUGCAGGAAGCAGCCGGCAGCUUGGCGAAUCAGAGCCGAGACCUGGUCUACGUGUAGCGUCGGAGGCCCACUGAGCUGCUUGUACAUAGCGGGUUGUUUGAGGGGGUUCGUGUGCGUGUGUGUGUGUGUGUGUGUGUGUGUGUGUGUGAGAAGGGGGUUUCAACUGUACAGCAAUUAAAUCCUCAAACUUAGGACAGUAUGUUUUUAGGAACAGUCUGAAAAGCUCUGCAGUACAUCAUUACAUUAACAGACUUCACAUUUUGAAUCAUGAGUGAACAGAGUUAUUUUAUGAAAACACACAUUUUUAGUAUUCUUGGCAAAAAUGAGAAGACAACAGACACUCUCAUAUUUGCACAGAGACUAUGAAUCUACAGCCUGUGAGCCUAGUCUAGUAUAACUCUUGUAAUGAACUCAGAUUUGUCAGUUUAAGUAGAUUUAGCCCGACUCUGGUCUUACAUCAGACUUUAGGGCCUCUUGGAUACAUGUAAGAGGCUUUGAAUGUUCUUGUUUCUCUCUGUUAGAGAAGGAAAACAUGAGCAUCCUCUUCAUACACAGUUAGAAAUCUCACCAUAUUAAAUUGAAUUAUCCAAACUCACUGAUAGUCAUCACCUGAGCAGAGAGUGUUCAUAGUAUGAAAUCAGGUGACAACAACUAGGGCUGGGAAUCUUUCUCAUGAUUCUUGGGGACACAAUUCAAUUCAGAAUCUAUUUUCGAUUCCAAACUGUUCUGGAUUCAAAGUCUAUUUUUUUAAUUAGUAAAUACUUCAGGAUCUACU